UCCAAGCGGGAUCAUUUUCCCAAAGGAACCCUCUGAGACCUGGCGCUGCGGAUGGAUCCAGGAAGAAGCGAGCAAGAGGGAACUUAAACUUCAGACUAGAGCCAGAGAAACCCCGUGUCGGUGGACUCGUGUCGUGCAGCCCCCAGCCCCUGCGACCGCAGGGCACCGUCAAGUUGAGCAAAGUUUGGCGGCAGCUUGCAGAUAAGGGAGAGAUUCUGGAGCUGAAGCGCAGGGAGCGGCCGAACGGGGUUCCCCAGCGGGGUGGUAGCCAGCACCGCAAUCCGGACACCUGCUUCGGUGCCCCGCAUUAGCGCCGCCAGAACGACCCGGAGGAGUCGCAGCAGUCCAACUCCCCACUUCUUCCCUCCCUUCCUUACACCCCCCCACCCCAACACCCCGCCCCGGGCGCCAGUGACUCCGCCUCCCCGUGCCGGGCGGCUCUCCGGCUAGAGAUGGAAAGGGAGCGCUUCCCCUGACUCUGCUGGGUUCUGAGGCUCCGAAGCCGACGCCGCUAACUCAGGCCCCGGGGCAGGAGCUGGACUGCCUGUGCAGCCGGAGCCCGGGAGCCGCCGAGCCGGGAGCGCCUCAUGGGACGCCCCCGGAACCUCUCUUUGUGCUUUGCUGCCGCGUCCCAGUCCUAGGCGCCCGGGCUCCACAGCCCGCCCCGCCCGCAGCCCGCGGCCUGUCUGGAGAGGAGUAUGAGGCCCGCGGCCCCGCGGACGCCGGCCACAGGGAGGCAGGGGCCUAGCAUCAGACCCCCGCGCCCGAGGGCGGCGGGUGAGGAGACGCGGGAGCCCGCGAGGCGUCGGGGCGGGGAGAGGAGCGCCUCAGCCCGGGCGCUGGAAGGGCCGCGGGACCCGUGUGCGGCCUGAGCGCCGAGGAGGAGGCGGAGGCGCCCGGCCGUCCGGGCUCUGGGGAGGCGGUGAGGGGCUCCGCGGCGCCCCCUGACCACUGGCCACCAUCCUCACGCUUCUGCUCCCGUGGGGGGGAUGUCGCGGCCCGGGCCACGAGCGCCGCCCCGGCCCCGGGGCUGAGCUCCGGACCAUGUCCUCCCGCAGCCCUCGGCCCCCGCCCCGCCGCUGCCGCCGCCGCCUGCCGCGCCCCUCCUGCUGCUGCUGCUGCUGUCGCCGCUCGCACCUCAACGAGGACACGGGCCGCUUCGUGCUGCUGGCGGCGCUCAUCGGCCUCUACCUGGUGGCGGGCGCCACCGUCUUCUCCGCGCUGGAGAGCCCGGGCGAGGCGGAGGCGCGGGCGCGCUGGGGCGCCACGCUGCGCAACUUCAGCGCGGCGCACGGCGUAGCCGAGCCGGAGCUGCGCGCCUUCCUCCGGCACUACGAGGCCGCGCUGGCGGCCGGCGUCCGGGCCGACGCGCUGCGCCCGCGCUGGGACUUCCCUGGCGCCUUCUACUUCGUGGGCACCGUGGUAUCAACCAUAGGUUUUGGCAUGACCACCCCCGCCACGGUGGGUGGGAAGGCCUUCCUCAUCGCCUACGGGCUGUUUGGCUGCGCCGGGACCAUCCUGUUCUUCAACCUCUUCCUGGAGCGCAUCAUCUCGCUGCUGGCUUUCAUCAUGCGCACCUGCCGGGAGCGCCAGCUGCGCCGCAGUGGCCUGCUGCCCACCAGCUUCCGCCGGGGCUCAGCGCUCUCGGAGGCAGACUGCCUGGCGGGCUGGAAGCCCUCGGUGUACCACGUGCUGCUGAUCCUGGGCCUGUUCGCCGUGUUGCUCUCGUGCUGCGCCUCGGCCAUGUACACCAGCGUGGAGGGCUGGGACUACGUGGACUCGCUCUACUUCUGCUUUGUCACCUUCAGCACCAUCGGCUUUGGGGACCUGGUGAGCAGCCAGCACGCCGCCUACCGGAACCAGGGGCUCUACCGCCUGGGCAACUUUCUCUUCAUCCUGCUCGGCGUGUGCUGCAUCUACUCACUCUUCAACGUCAUCUCCAUCCUCAUCAAGCAGGUGCUCAACUGGAUGCUGCGCAAGCUGAGCUGCCGCUGCUGUGCGCGCUGCUGCCCGGCGCCCGGCGCGCCCCUGGCGCGGCGCAACGCCAUCACCCCGGGCUCCCGGCUGCGCCGCCGCCUGGCCGCCCUCGGCGCCGACCCCAUGGCUGGCGACAGCGACGCCGAGGGCCGCCGCCUGUCGGGCGAGCUCAUCUCCAUGCGAGACCUUACGGCUUCCAACAAGGUGUCGCUGGCGCUGCUGCAAAAGCAGCUAUCCGAGACGGCGAACGGCUACCCGCGCAGCGUGUGCAUCAACACGCGCCAGAACGGCUUCUCGGGCGGCGUGGGUGCGCUGGGCAUCAUGAACAACCGCCUGGCCGAGACCAGCGCCUCCAGGUAGACCACCUGCCCACCUGCCCGCCCCACCGCGCCAAGGACCCUCGCCAGGCUGGCGUGCCACCGGGCGUGGCUUGCUUUCCUUAUCUCAGACGCUGGCGCUUUCUUAAUCUUUAUCCAAUAAAAUGAAACAAAACCAAAAAAAAAUUUUUUUUAAAGAAAUACUAUUUGGCCAGGCCUGAUAUUAUCAAGAGCAGGUUUGGGGGAGAGCCUGCUUCCCUUAUGGGUCCCCUCUUGGAGAACCGUGGCUCCCAGCAGACUCUCCAAGGAGAGGAAAAGUGGCACCCCAGACCCUCACCCAGUGCAUGCCGCAGUGAGGAGAGUGCCAGCCCUGGGUUUUGCAGACUGGCAUUAAACCUGGCCCCCAUGUACAUAAGCAGCCGGCAACCCCAAAACAUAUGGUGCAACUUUUCAUGGCUCUGAAUUACCUCCGCAGCAUUUAGAAUCCUGAUCCAACCUAGCAGAUUCCUUCUGGUCGUCAGAAGUGAUAUAGUCACAGUUUUGACAGGUGGGGGUGGGGAGGGCCAUCUGUUACCUCCUGAUGUGUAUAUAUAGAACAGCCGCUACACACACAGAACGCUGUAGUAUUAUGCAAUGAGAUGAAACAGCACCAACUUGCAGAAUGUGGCGUUUCCCAGAGAUUUAGAAAUUGCCUUGGUAAGGGGCUUAGCUGGCCUUUCUCAGCCUGUAGUUAGUCCACUUAGCACAGCACACAGGGCUGCCACUUCUAAUGAGGGAAACCCAGGGUGGCCUGCAGGGAGGGGAGCGCUGGGCUGGAGAAGCCCUGUUCUGCUUCAGCUGUCUGACCUCACAGGCUCCAGAGGCACCUCUGAAUCCCCUAACUCUCCUUUCUUUCACCAGCAUCACCCACCAGAAUGCUUUUCCUCAUUAACCAGAAAUAUCUGAACCUUCUCAGACAAGAUUUUGCUUUGUUAAUGUGGAUUUUUUUUUCUUCACUCCUGUCAGUUCAAUGUAUUCCCGUUUUAGAGAUCCUGAGGGUACAGAGAGCAGCCCCCAGCCCCCCUGAAUCAGAGCUGUGCCAACUGCACCCUUGGAGCACCAGGGCCAGCAGCACCAGAAACCCAAAGCAGCCAUCCUACAAAUAUCAGAGAAUUGGGCUCCAGAUGUUUUGGGGGCACACCCCAUUCUAAACCCUGUUUGGCCCCCACUGAUAAUCAAGUGAGUUUGUUUCCUCCAUGCACAGUCUGUAUUAGGGGUGGAAAAGGCAGGAGGGAGGGAGCUAGCUGGUGGAACAGGGGGAUGGAAGCAAUUUUAGGAUUCAAGUUUUGUUCUGUGAUCCUCAGGCUGAGGGUCAAUUUCUCCCAGGGUCACCCUCUGCCACAUAGCGGUCACUGACCUGGAGGAAGACCAGACGCCCAUCCUUUCAGCCCAUUUCCUCAUCUGAAAAGAUGACUAUCCCAAGGACAAAUGCCAGAGUCUAGUCAGGCGCACUGUGACCCACCAAUAUAUACAGCUUCUGACGGGGAGUCUUAGAAAAGCACCUGACGCCUCAUACCGUCUGCCUGAGAGGCAUCAAAAGCCGUGAAAUCUCGCUCCCUGGCAGUGAGGGAAGCAUACGUGCCUGGAAACACACACACACACACACACACACACGCACGCACGCACGCACGCACGCACGCACACACGCACGCAGCAUUAAGAGUCAUGCUUGAAUGUCACCUCCUCUUUCCCCUUCUAGUUCAUGGCAGGAAGGAAAAAAUGAGUUGGGAGCUGAGUGACUCUCCAGCUACUUUGGGUAAUUUCUAAUUUGAGUUGGGAUUGGUUUUUAAACACAGGCCCUAAUCUGGGGGUAAAGCUAGUGAGGCGGAGUGGCCAGGAGAGAGGUCAGUGUUACUGGAUCCUGAAGGGUAGGCUUCCAAAGAGCCACACUUCUGGGAUCUGCUGAGACUGUCAGUCAGGCCAGCUCAUGAGCAACCCCACCAAGUGCCUGAAGGGACUGUGUGCUCAGAGAGGCACAUGUUCUCUAGGGCAGGGCCCUCUCACAGAGUGUCAGAUUUAUCCCUUUAAAAGAAGGAAAGAUUAAAAGGCAUCCAAUUAGAAGUGUCACCUAGACAACGAGAAAUAACUUGGGGAUCUGAGCCAUCCAGGGAGGAAGUAGAGAUCCCCAUGAUAGUCUAGAUAGGCACCUAGACUGUGAGGACUUAAUGGGAGGCAAAAUAGCAGCCAACCUAGAGGAAGUGUGCCCCAGGAACAGCACAGGAGGCUUAAGACCCAGCCAUCGAGGCUCCUUGAGCUAGACAGGCCAAAGAGGUUUCUAGGUGACCCUAUUGACCAGCACAUGGGACUGCACAGAAUUCUAUCCCCAGAGGAGGGAACAGGACCUGCCUCCAGAGACAGGCACCUCAAUACCUUCUUUGGCAGUCUUCUCUGUCAGCAGUGCUUCCUAAAGUCUAUCCUAAAUCACUCAUGCUGCAGCCUUAGCUAUUGUGACUUCUUUUCCUAUGCUUUGCUUUUGGAAGAAGGUAAUUGUGGGCAGCUUGGGCAAGCUUUUGAAAGAAUCACAGGCAUAGUUUGAAGGAACAGGGAAGGACCCUUUCCUCUCACCAACCUCCCAGAGACACACCAGUCCUCCAGUGUACAAUGGUAGCUCAAGAUCCAGUGGCACGUGUGUAUUUUUGCCUAUGUUCCCCUGGUUCCCUCCCCCCAUCUUAGUACAUCAUCGUCCUUCAGCUCAAGACAAAGGGAGGGCUCAGUGCCCCAGAUGUCAGGGAUGCUCCCUGGGAAAAGCCGGGCUCCCAAGGUCAGGGGAUUAAUGGAGGCUAGACCCACACCUAAAGGGUUAAUUUGACACCCUGUUUGAGGGCAGGCAUUGAGAACCAGAACUCUUUGACAAGCAGCGAUGGGGUCCUCCCAUCAUUUCAGAAACAGUGACAUUGAUAGGGACCCCUUUCUUUGGUGCAGGUUCUUCAAAACCUCAGGCUAAGGACUCCAUUCUCUUAGAUGCUGUGGCCUCUCCCAUCACAUGGGGGUCUCCAGCUUGACCCACAGCUGUCUGCUCACUGCAGUCUACCACUCUCCCAUGAUCCAGGAGUCCCUUGCUAACCUUAGACCCACACUCACCCCUACAAUGCUGGGGCUGUGGGGCAAAGAUGGCAUGGGCUCUUAAAAAGCCCUGGCUACCCGGCUGUGGCCACGCAGAGGCCAGGGUCUUGGUGAAUAGUCAGACCUUCUCAGCUGAGCAGGCAGGUAAAGAACCCACCUAUAGGGUCCUUGCUAGCUAAUAAGUCCUGGUGGUCAGGCCCCUAUGUUCUCUGACUAUAGCAGAGCCUCCCCGUCUGAUGAAGGAGUCAGAAGACUCAGUCUUAGGCCCUCAGCCUAUGGAAAAUGCCUGACAGUCCUGGGCAUUUGCCCAUGAGCAUCACGCAUCACAGCAUCACACACACACACACACACACACACACACACACACACACACACACACACACCAGCCUUACAAAGAGCGAUCAGCCCCUUUCCUCAAGGAAAAAAUCCUUGUCUGGGCCACUGUAAGAAGAAAGAUUUCUCAUUUUUAACUCCCUGGAGAUCUACUAGAGCCUGGAAAAUUCCUCUCUGCUUUGGAGGAGUUUCAUGUACACUUUGCAUGAAUUUGUGUUAUACACAGAAGCCAGCAUCCUCACCCAAGCCAAGCCCUGGCAAAUAGCUGCUAAAUUUACCCAGGCUCCUGCAUCCCUCCAUCAGGCCUCCUAGCAGAUGCCCUCUUCCUGAGUGCUUUGGUGGGGAAGGGUGACUGAGCCCUCAUGGCCAAAGGAGACGCUUCUGGGGAACCAAGGCAGAUGGCAGCCCACAGAAGGGGAGACCACAAGAGCUGUGGGCCAGGUGGUUCCAUCUUACUGUAACUUUUUACAUUCUUAAUAAACGAAAAGCACAAUUCCACAUGCACACUGUCUGGAAAGUAUAUCCAGACAGACUGCUUAGGGCACUUCUGAGUCCAGAAGAGGCGCUGGGGCGUCUUUGCAGCAAUGGUUGUUGUAUAACACGCUUGCUGGAUUCUGCGGGGUGGGAAGGAGUGGAGGGGCUGCUGAAAGCAUUCCAGACCACAAGACAGCUCAGCACGGACUCCCGGCCUGGACUCUUGCCCCUGGAGCAGCUCUGGCACCUUCAGGCACGUGCAGCCCCACGCCCAGCCAGUCUCAUUAUGCGUUGAGAAGCAAUGAGAUCUCUGCACUAACCUGGCCCCAACCCCCCUUCCUCUUUCUUCUAGCCUCUUCUCCUUCCCCUGGCUUUACACAUCAUUUUCUAUGCUACAUGUUCUCUCAGGAGGGGUGGGUAGAGCAUGCGGGGCAGGCCAGCAGGGUUUCUUAAACAAUACAUUUAUUUUUCUGAGCAGCACUCCAAGAAAGGACUUGAAGGGUGUUUAAAUUAACGAUGAAUAAAAUGCAGCCUGCCGCCCUUUGA